AUGUCGUAUCAGUAGAACGCAAACGGCGAAUCGGAACUGGAUGCCAAAAUAGAGGCAAUCUUCGAUAAAGCUGACGAUCUCAUGAUAAACCAAAAGAAGUACAAAGAAGCUGUAAAAUACAAUCUUCCUAAUGAAAUUUAACAAUAGUAAAAACUUUAUGAGGAAAUUUUACAAUUAGAUCCUGAAAAUAUUGACGGUUUAAACAGUUUAGCUACUUGCAUUAAGUCAACUCUCCCAAUCGGACCUUAAUGCUUUGAGAAAGUGCUGCCACUUUACUAGAAAGCUCUCUCAGUUGAUCCUGAAGACUUUGAGACAAACUUCAACAUCGGAGUACUAUAUUAUGAAUAGAAAAAGGAAUAUGAUAAGGCUAUUCAUUACCUUAAGAUCGCCAUUAAUGAGGAGAAAAAUGCAACAGCUCUAUUCAAUCUAGCCGUUAUAUAUGAAGAGAAGGGAGAUAAAUAGAGAGCUAAGGAGACAUAUAUUGAGGUCUAAAAAGCUGAUCCAAAUCAUUACAAAAGCAAGGUUAAUCUAGCAAUAUUGCUUGACAAAGAGGGAAAGGGAUAAGAUGCAAACUAGUAUUAUCAAGAAGCACUUAAGUAAAACCCUAAGGAUUCUAAGAUUCAUCAUAAUCUGGGAAUUAAUCUCAAGAGAGCUGGCAGACUUGAUGAGGCUUUGACUUAUUACAAGAAAGCAAUGGAGUUAGAUCCAGAAAACCCAACAGUCUUAUACAACACAGGCAUCUUGUACAAUAUAAAGUCAGACUAUGGGAAUGCAGUUGAUGUUCUUGAAAAAUCUAUUUCAAAGAGUAAGGAUAAUGUUUACGCUUUCUUAGCGCUUGGUGAUGCUCUUGAAAGGCAAAAAGAGAUAAGGAAAGCUAUUCAAGCAUACAAAGAUCUAAUGGCCUAAGGUACUACAUAAGUUCAUGGAUUGAAGGAGAAGAUCAUGUAUCUUGAAAAUAUUCUUAACUCAAUGAAGAAAAGCAAUACUUCCAAAGAGGAGAUUAAAUCACCUGCUAUGAAUGCAUCUGUAGCAGGAGAGCAGUCUACAGAUAAGAUUUCCAAAAAUGCUUCAGUUAGAAGCAAAAACCAAAAAUCAGAGUAGAUUGAGAAAACUCAAGAUGCCAUUUCCCAGCAAAAGAGUGUCAAAGAUAUCAAAUCUGCUGCUUCACAUAAAAGUGUAGUUGACACUAAUCAAAGCAAGGCUUCUUUGACAAAAUCAGUGAUGAGCUAACCACAUAUCGAUCAGCAUUCAAAUCUUCAGGUUUCUAUGAGAAACUAAGACGAAGAUGAGUAUUAAGAUGAUUAAAAUCAAAUGAGUGAAGUCUAAAAGGAUGAUUUAACUUCCUAGCUUGCAUCAAAUAGAUAAUCAGUCUAAGAUCAGAAGGCACAAGAAUAAGUUGACCAGCAGGAGGAGGACAAUGAAGAUUAGGAUCAAGAAUAAGAAGAAUACAAUUAGGAGGAAGAGGAAGUAGAACAAAAAUAGGAUGAUAUCCUGAAUGAGGAUUAAGAUGAGUAGCAGGAGGAGGAUCUAGUAUAGAAGGAUCCUAACGCAGAUUUCUUGUCUUGGACUCUUGAUGAUUGUGUGUAAAAGCUAACUGAGAAACCAGAUAACCUCUACGCCUUAAUUAGACUAUGCCAUCUUUAGAUCGAGGAUAAAAAGCUUAUUGAAGCUUAGGAUAACUUGGACUAAAUUAAAAAGUAGGAUAAAAACUUCUUGCCCGCACUUUAGUUAGAACUCUAAGGAGAUAUUUGCUUUAGGAAGGAAGAUAAGCAGUUCAUGGAUGCAUUAGAGUACUAUCAGAAGAGUGCUAAGCUUAACCCAGAAAACUUUGAGAUCUAUUUGAAGCAAGGUAAAUGCUAUGAAAAAUAAAGAGACUUUGAAAAGGCCACACUUUUGUUCUAGAAGGCAGUUGACAUGAAUGAUAACUCGCCUUGGGCUCAUUUUAGAUUGGGAUGGGUAUGCAUUAGAAAUGGCCAGAAAAAUAAAGGUAUUGAUCAUCUCAAGAAGUCACUUAGCCUUGAUCCUAAUAAUUGUGAUGUCUUAACUAAGCUUGGAGAGGUCCUCAUGAGAGAACAAGAUGCACUGGAGGAAGCUGAGGGAUAUCUCAAAAGAGCUAUUGCGAUCGAUGAAAACAUGCCAGAUGCACUUGUAGCUUUGGGAAGGGUAUACGAGAAGAAAGGUGAUGUAGACCAAGCUGUUGAAUGCUAUGAAAAAGCCAUAAAGUAGCCUGUUUCAAAUAUCAAUGCUUACUUCUAUUUGGGAAUAAUUCAUGAGAAAAAGAAAGAUUAUAAAAGGUCUAUUCAACUAUUCAAACAAUGUCUUCUCUUCGAUCAAGAGCAUUUCGGUGCCUGCCUUCAUUUGGCCACAUUGUAGGCAAACGCAGGGGAAUCCCAUAAAGCUGCCAAAUAUUUUAAGCAUGCUUUGAAGCUUGACUCAACUAACAUUCCAGCAAACUUCGGCCUUGGCAAAAUCCUCCAUUCAACUUCUGAGAAUGUAGAUGCACCGAUUCCAUACUAUGAAUACGUGAUAAAAAAUGACCCCAAGCAUUACAAAGCUUUUUGCUAGCUAGGAAUUGUUUACUUGGAAAAGGGUGAACUUGAAAAAGCUGCUGAGUAUCUCAAGUAAUGUCUCUAGCUGAACCCCAAAUAUGUUCUGGGUCUAGUAUCAAUGGGUAACUUACUUUUUGAGACUGGUCACUCUAAAACAGCUGCUAAGUAUCAUCUCUAGGCUUUGAAAUUCAAUAAGAAAGAAAUUUAGGCACUUAUUGGCAUGGGUAAUGCUUUAUAUGAUAUGGGUGAGCCUAAAGAAGCUAUUGAGUAUUACAAGCAAGCUCUUGAGUUGGACAAGGGCUUAAGUGAUGUACACUAUAACUUAGGUAAUGCUCUUUACUUAAUUGAGGAUACAAAUACUGCUAUCCAUCAUUAUAAGAUUGCAAUUGAACUCAAUCCUAACAAGCCUGAAUCUUACUACAACUUGGGCAAUGCUUUAUGUAUCAAAGCUGAGUUUGAAAAGGCUAUCGUUAACUAUAAAAAAACAAUUGAAUUGGAUCCAUACAAUGCUCCAGCUUUCUAUAACCUCGGAAACGCCUAUUACAUGAUAAAUGAAUUCGAUAAGGCUAUCAGCAGCUAUGGACAAGCUCUUAAACUUAAUCCGGAUAGUGCUGAGUGCCAUUUCAACAUAGCUAGUGCUUAUAACGACAAAGGGGAAUACGAUCAUGCUAUUAAACACUAUAAGGACUCUUUGCAAUAUGAUCCAAAGAAUGCAGAGACUUUCGUCAAUCUAGGAACUAUUUAUGAAACCUAGAAGAAAUAUGAGGACAGCCAUGAGGCAUUCUAACAAGCCCUCAAAAUCAAUCCAGAGAUCUAAAAAGCUCAGGAAGGGCUUUAGAGACUAGAAAAGUUAAUGGACGAGAACAAAUGA